AAUCAAAGAAAAUGAAACUGUAAACGGUGAUGGGGAAGUUGUGCUGUAUGUAGAUAGGGUGCUUUGCUGAGGAUAUGUCAGUUGAGCUAAAAAUUCAGUACCAGCCAUAUUGGGAGAAGAUCAUUCUGGGUAAAAGGAAUAGAAAGAUCUUCUUUCUUAAAGCAAAAAACUUGAUCUUUGUACUUUUGCAUCAUGAACCUAUUGAAUGAUCAUUUCCCAUCAAAGAGGUUGCUCAAUGCUGAAAUCAUUAGAUGUCUUGAAUGUAUGAAAGUUGUCAGAUGGAAGACAAACCUGAUCAUAAAUAUGGGCAUAAGUAUCAAAGAAAUUCAAUUAAUUAAUUUCAAUAAGUGUAUUUCCUUAGAAGUGAAGAGAAAUAUAUAUGUUUCCAAAUUUAAUAUCAAACUCUCAUAGAAAAAAGAAACAAAAAACUUAUUAGAAAAAGUGGUUUACCAAACAAUUUUAAGUUAAAGAUUUAAAUAUAACCAUUAAAGGGGCAACAAUUAAAAUAUUAUAAAAUUCCAAAUUAUUAUACUAGACAGAACAAUGUAAAGAAGAUACCGCUAGAGUAUCAAAUUCCAGUUUUAACAGUUGAUAAUGCCAAGUUUCCACCCCAGCCUGAUCUGGGAGGACUAUAAGCUUCCAAGAAGGACUAUAAGCUGCUUAAUAGGUUUUAAAAGACCUGUUUUUUACAGAGAUUCAUCAGUUUACUUCUGCUUUUGAUGAAUGCCUUUUGAUGAAUUCAGAAUUUUGUCAAUAGCCAGCAUGGUGGCACCCUUUAAGGACUCCCAGGGAGAUGUGAAUUUUUGUUAUCUAUACUGAUUGGAGCAAAAUAUAGGGGAAUUCCAAGACAUUAAGAAAGGGAUCUUGAACUUUCCUUGCCAUGCAGUGACAGCUAGCAUGUUUUUAAUGAUCAUCCCUAUUUCUUUUUGGUGAACACUGAAAGCAAGGCUUUGCAUUGUUGAGUAGCCACCCCCCAUGACCAUGAACUUACAAAGGACAUGAAUAACUACUUCAUGAGAAUAGCUAAUUCCAGUGGGACUGCCCAGGGAAAUGAGAGCAAGUGGCAAGUUCUUAGCAGCUUUGUUCAAGACACAAACUGAAACCCAGGCAUUCUGUUAAAAGAAAUUGAUUGCUUUGUGCAUCCAUUGAAUUCUUUGCCUAAAUUCCAAGCCUGUCAUUUGCAACUUUGGAUUUUCAUUAUGAAAGAGGUAAUAGGAGGUUGGGGCUUAGAAUAGUAGUAUGUGGAAAUAUAUGGGAAAAUGUGAAUUUUUUAAAUUCUCAGUUCACACUGUGUAUUUAAUUUCAUUCUCCACUGAAGAUACUGUAAGUGUCUUAAAUAAAGACCCUGUAAUGACCUCAUCUGAAAAUGAUGCUUUUUAAGCUCAACUUUCAUAUAUGUUUUCCCAAGAAAAGAAGGAAAUGGCCAAACCCCAGGUAUUACAGCUGGAAUGCAUUCUUUCCUUUGGCACCUUGCAUGGCUCCUUCCAGUAUUAUGAGAGUUAGCCCUCAGAAAGGAGGUUUCCAGGAACUAGUAACAUUUGAGGAUAUAGCUGUGGAUUUCACCCAGGAGGAAUGGCAAUACCUGAACCCUCCACAGAGAACCCUGUACAGAGAUGUGAUGCUUGAGACCUACAGCAACCUUGUCGCUGUGGGCUCUGAAGACCAAGGAGGUAUCUAUCAUUUAUCAUCUUCAGAACAGCAGGUUACUAAACCAGAUCUCAUUAUCAAGCUGGAGAUAGAAGAACCAGAGCCAGAAGAUGGGGAGGUUUCAAUUUGGAGCUUUCCAGAAGUCUGCCAAAUUAAUGAACAAUUUGAGAGGCAACAUCAGGAUAACCAAGAUAAGUAUCUGUUGAUGCAAUUUGGAUUCCCUGAUGACAAAAUAAUUACCAAGGGUGACCAGAACUAUGCUGAAUUUGAAAACACAUUUCAUCUGAGCACAAGCCUUGUUGUCCCAACUCAAAGAUCCCACAAAUUUGAAUCAUUUGCAAAUAAUAUGGUGGACAAUUUAAGCUUGCUUAGUAGUAGCGCUACAGAAAAUAAACAUGAUACUGGGUGUGCAAAGUUAUUCUUCCAUACAGAAUAUGAAAAACCUAAUUUCAUAGUGAAACCCUAUGGAUAUAAAGAAUAUGACAAAACCCUCAGGGGAAAGAAAGGUCUUAGCCUUCAUCAGAGAAUUAAAAAUGGAGAGAAGCCUUUUGAAUGUACUACAUGUCAGAAAACCUUCAGCAAAAAGUCACACCUCAUUGUACAUUGGAGAACUCAUACAGGAGAGAAACCAUUUGAGUGUAAUGAAUGUGGGAAAGCUUUUAGCCAAAAGUCACAACUCAUUAUACACCUCAGAACUCAUACAGGAGAAAGACCCUUUGCAUGUCCAGAAUGUGGCAAAGCCUUCAGAGAAAAGUCAACUGUCAUCAUACAUUAUAGAACACAUACAGGAGAGAAACCGUAUGAAUGUAAUGAAUGUGGGAAAGCCUUCACUCAGAAGUCAAACCUCCUUGUCCAUCAAAAAACCCACACAGGAGAGAAAACCUAUGAGUGCACCAAGUGUGGGGAAUCUUUCAUCCAGAAACUUGACCUAAUUAUGCACCACAGUACUCACACAGGAAAGAAGCCUCAUGAAUGUAAUGAGUGUAAGAAAACAUUCAAUGACAAGUCAACCCUCGUUAUACAUCAGAGAACUCACACUGGAGAGAAACCUCAUAAAUGUGCUGAAUGUGGGAAGUCUUUCAAUGAGAAGUCAACCCUCAUUGUGCACCAAAGAACUCAUACUGGUGAGAAGCCCUAUGAAUGUGAUGUGUGUGGGAAAACUUUCACUCAAAAGUCAAAUCUAGGUGUGCAUCAAAGAACGCAUUCAGGGGAGAAACCAUUUGAGUGUAAUGAAUGUGAGAAAGCCUUCUCUCAGAAAUCCUAUCUCAUGCUACAUCAGCGAGGCCACACUGGAGAGAAGCCCUAUGAAUGCAAUGAAUGUGAAAAGGCAUUUUCUCAGAAGUCCUAUCUCAUUAUACAUCAAAGAACUCAUACAGAAGAAAAACCCUAUAAAUGUAAUGAGUGUGGAAAGGCAUUCCGAGAAAAGUCAAAACUCAUUAUCCAUCAGAGGAUCCACACAGGAGAGAAACCCUAUGAAUGCCUUGUGUGCUGGAAAGCUUUUAGCCAGAAGUCACAGCUCAUCAUCCAUCAGAGAACACACACAGGAGAAAGGCCUUAUGAAUGCACAGAAUGUGGUAAAGCAUUCAGGGAAAAAUCCACAUUCACAGUACAUCAAAGAACUCACACUGGAGAGAAGCCCUAUAAGUGUGCAGAAUGUGGCAAAGCCUUUACCCAGAAAUCCAACCUUAUUGUACAUCAGAGGACUCAUACAGGAAGAGGCCACACCUGCAAGGCAAAACUCACUACACAAUAUGGAACAAAGCAGUAGUGUCUUUCAUAUACCCAAAAGGAAAGAUGUGUUGAUUUAAUGUUGAAAAAGAAUGACCUGAAUUCUAGUCUAAUCAUUAGAAUAAAGUCAGCAUUUCUCCAUCUGUUUUCACCCUAAUUCAGGUUGAAAUAGAAGCAGAUGUGACAACCAUAGGGCUGUCAGUCUAAAAGGCAAUCAAACACUAGUGCAUGAGAUUUCAGGGCUUCAGAAGUGAGGCAGCAUAGUUAAGGACUCUCCUCUGAGGGUUAAGAUACACUGUAAGGUGCAUGACCAGAGAUGCUCUGACAAAGACCAUGUGAGACCUGAGGAGAAAUAGGCAGACAGACCUUAUAUUUACAGAAAGUAAUCACACAGAAUUGAGGAAGAGCUGGAGGUGGGGAAGCUGGGGCAAAUAAAGGGGUAUAGUUGGUCUUGUUUACUGGUUUGGGGAAAGUAAAGUCUGAAAGAACUAACAGAAGGUAAGGGGUGUCUCAUUUGUUUGAAAAACUGAUCUGUCUAGAAUGUGGCCCUGGCAUCUUCCUCCACGAGAACCUCGGGCAAACAGCAAGUCCAGGAGCAACUCUUCUCAUUCAAAGAAAAGCAUUUAAAAGUAAUCAAAAUUACAAAUACAUUUUCACUUCUAGGAAUACAUAUACUCACAUGUGUACAAAAUGACCAAAACAGGUAUUUGUUGAUGCAAUGUUUGAAAACAAAAGAUUAGAAGCUUUCCAAAUGGCAUCACCUGGAUUCUGCUUCCUGAAGCUGAUAUAUAUUUAUACAGCAAACUCAAGACAAAAAUGAACAAAAAGGAUGUGGAUAUCAUUUCUGUAAUGAUUUGGGGUAGUCUCAAAGUUACAUCAUUAGAUAGGAAAAGCAAGGUACAUUUGUAUAUAAAAAGGAGGAAAUGAUAAGUACAGAGUUCAUUGUAUGCAUAAUCUGUUUCUGGAAAGGAAUAUAAGAAUCUGAUUACCAUUAUUAUCUUACAGAAGGGAAGGGGGCAGUACGUGACAAGGGAAAUGAAACGAGACACCUGUGUAUUCUCUCAUAGCUUUGGAAAGUUGUACAGUGUGGAUAUAUAACUUUUGAAAAAUAAAUUUUUAAAACUGUA